UGUGAGAGUAUUAAGUGUGGAUAAACAGGGUUGACAACUCCUGUCUGUAGCUCUCUGAAGUCUAGCUCUUAGGUUUUUGUUGACAUGCUUUGGGAGAGCUUGCAUCUGUCGCUAAUUUGGUGUGAGUGACUGUGAUAGUGCUUUUGUGCUGAUAAUCUGAAGUUUCAGUGUUAUAUAUGUUGUCAUGUGAUCGUAUCAUGUUAUCAUUACAGAAUUCUGUUACACAAAUUAAUGAUUUAACACAAAUUGUAAUGGUAACGUAAGGAGUUUGUUAAGUUUUGUUUUAGGUGUCUGAGGAGUUUGUCUGAUGCAAUAACAGUAGAACACAGUUCAUUUAGAUGAACAACAAGAUUAUAUUGUAUUUCAUUUUUCAAUUUAUUAUCAUAUAUAUCUCUAUCAAUAAUGGGAAAUAUCUUUGUAAAUACCCUCUUUAAAGCCAAGAGCCUUACGUUUAAUAGGGAGGGCAAAAGAAGCAACAUGUAGUGCAAGCUUUGUGUUGUUUGAUUAUGGCUACUAUAUUCAUUGACUACACUUGGUCCUCAUGUGUGCUCUGAGUCUCAGGCUGUCUAGUUUGCGCUACCCUGCAAAGUGAGACCUCUUGAUAACCUUUUCUUUUCACAAAGUUGCAUUCAUAGAUGAGUUUAUGUAAUUAUUAGGAGCGGCGAGUACUGCAACUGUAACCACUGAACAAGGAUACGAUUCAGCAACGUCAACUAAGCUAAUCUUUUAUGGCAACCUGGUUUGGUUUUAACUGAUAACCCAGUUUGUGUGUGCUAUGCCUCAUGCAUGGGUCUAUGUGUUCUCUCAGUCUUAGCCCACUCCCUGGCUCCAUCCAAGCUCAGGUGACCCCGGUACGAUAAGAUAAAUCUUUGCUCUCUCUUGUUUGCUUCACCUCUGACUUCUUGACGCUGUACCUGGGGAGAUAUAUGGCCUAUAUAAAGAUGUGGAAGCCGAUAGUUGACUGAAUAGCAGACGAAUACCUAGGACUGUUCUCAGCCUACUAUAGUUAUGGCAUCUGGGUUUUUACAGACCUCACUGGGUGAAGUGUGGAUGUCGCAGAUACUAAAUGGGGGUGGUGAGGGAUCACUGGACCGGCUUCUCCCCUCGGUAAGCACAGGUCUUUCACCCAGGAAAAGGACCACCAGCCAGUGUAAGUCUGAGCCCCCUCUCCUACGCACCUCCAAACGAACCAUCUACACUGCUGGCCGCCCACCCUGGUACAACGAACAUGGAACACAGUCUAAAGAGGCCUUCGUCAUUGGUCUGUGUGGUGGCAGCGCUUCAGGAAAGACGACCGUAGCCAGGAAAAUAAUUGAAGCUCUAGAUGUUCCAUGGGUUGUUCUACUCUCAAUGGACUCUUUUUACAAGGUCCUGUCCGCAGAGGAGCAGACACUGGCUGCCAGUAACGACUAUAACUUUGAUCACCCUGAUGCCUUUGACUUUGAUCUGCUGACACACACCCUGCGAAAACUCAAACAGGGCAAGAGUGUGAAAAUCCCUGUGUAUGACUUUACAACUCAUGGGAGACAGAAGGAGUGGAAAACUGUAUAUGGAGCCAGUGUUAUCAUCUUUGAGGGAAUCAUGGCGUUCACAGAUAAAAAGCUUUUGCAGUUGCUGGACAUGAAGAUUUUUGUGGACACCGACUCUGACAUCCGGCUGGUUCGUCGGUUGAGGAGGGAUAUUACAGACAGGGGAAGAGACAUUGAGGGUGUCAUCAAACAGUACAACAAGUUUGUCAAGCCGGCGUUUGAGCAGUACAUUGAACCCACUAUGCGCCUGGCUGAUAUUGUGGUGCCCCGUGGUGGUGGUAACAUGGUAGCCAUUGACUUGAUCGUGCAGCAUGUCCACAGUCAACUGGAGGAGAGGAAACUUCGCUGGGAUAUGGCAGCCCUGGCUUCUGCACACCAGGCCCAACCCCUCCCCCAGACCCUCAGCGUUCUGGAGAGCACACCCCAGGUCAGGGGCAUGCACACCAUCAUCAGAAACAAGGAAACCAGCCGAGACGAGUUCAUCUUCUACUCGAAGAGGUUGAUGCGUCUGUUGAUUGAGCGAGCACUCUCCUUCCUCCCCUCACAGGUCCACAUAGUCCAGACCCCACAGGGAGAGGAUUACGAAGGCAAGACUUUCCACGGGAAGAGGAUCACAGGCGUGUCCAUCCUGCGAGCCGGGGAGACCAUGGAGCCGGCUCUGAGGGCCGUCUGCAAAGAUGUCCGCAUCGGCAAGAUCCUCAUCCAGACCAACCAGGACACAGGAGAACCAGAGCUUCAUUAUCUGCGUUUACCAAAAGACAUCAGUGAAGAUCAUGUGAUUCUGAUGGACUGUACGGUGUCCACUGGAGCUGCCGCCAUGAUGGCUGUCCGGGUCCUACUGGACCAUGAUGUUCAGGAGGACAAGAUACUGCUGGUGUCUUUGCUAAUGGCAGAAAUGGGUGUCCACUCAGUGGCCUACGCAUUCCCACAGGUCAAAAUCAUCACCACAGCUGUUGACAAGAAGGUCAACGAUCUCUUCCACAUCAUACCUGGCAUAGGAAACUUCGGGGAUCGAUACUUUGGCACGGAUGCACCCCCUGACUGGAGCGACGAAGAAAUGGAUGAACCCAGUUACUGAAGAAAUUAUCGGCAGUGCACAAACUUGUUGGGUGAUUCAGCCCCACGGAGGACAAUUUGAGGACAUAUUCUUUGCCUCUUUUGGGGGCGUAACGUGCAACCUUCAAGAGCCAAACGAGGUGCCCUGAAAAAUAAACUGAAAACAGGAAAAAAAAAAAAACAUUGCUAUGUACAGCCAUCUUAUUGAAAUUUUAAAUUAUAUUAUUUAAUCUUAUGUAAAUGCUAUUGUGGAAAGUUGUGUUAUAAAGUCUGAAAUAUUUUUAUAUGUACACAUGUUUUAUUUUAGUGUUUAAAUUGUGACAAUCUCUGUAUGGAAAUUUGCAGGAAUAUUGUAUUGAAAAGAUAUAUCUAGCCUUAAGCCAUGAACUGUGGACGACACAACUGAAUGUGAAUUGGCACGUGUGGUAAAAGAAAAAAUGUCUAAAGCUUUUAAUGUUAUUUUUUACCACAUACCUUCUUCACAACUUUUACAAAAGUUAAAUCAGAACAUGAACUUGUGUUGCUCAACUUCUAUUGCCAUGAGCACUUUCUGAAGGACCAUUCAAUCGGAAAAUGUGUAGGUGUAUCUGUCUUUUUUUUUUUUUUUUUUUAGCACUCUGGUUUACCCUUUUUCUUCACUGUGGAUGCUGACCUAACCAGUUGAAAUGGGGGUUGAAAACCGUUUUUCAUUAUACAGCUAAAAGUAUGCACUUGUGGUGUAUAUUUAUGCAGAACGUCCUUCAUUUACAAAUUUGGAUAUGGAUAGACCUGACCAGUCGGCAGGCAAGUCGUACAUCUUUUUUGCCGCUAUGAAAAUGGGUCAACUGCAUUUAACAAACACGGAUGUUUAUUUCAGUCGCACACAUCCUGAUUUAUGCCUCUGUUUUUCAUGCAGUAGAUGAGAUUGUUUUAAAAAAACAAAGGGCUGUUGAUUUGAGGAUGCAUAUGAACUCAAAACUUACAAAAAAAGGACGCACAAAAAAGUGUGGUGUUCUCCUGUUAGUGCCUGAGCGUUUUACUUGGUAUCAGUAUUGAAAUGAUUGGUGCCUAAUUAAUAUUGCCUUGUUCUUUGUACAAAUAUGUUUCCGUUUGCCAGAUGUUGGGUCGCACUCCACAAUAUUAAUCAAUAUGGUUAUUUGGAUGCAAUGAGACAUCAGAAGGAGAGUAGUGUGGCAUAUAAAGUACAUUUUCAGUUACAUAUAUAUGAUGUCUCUCCGCAGGUUAAUUAUCAAACUGAUUUUAAUGGAUAAUUUGUUAAAAGUUAUUUAUUUUGACAUUUCUAUAACAUUAAGGAAAAAAUAACAUGAAAUGCGACAUGUUGAAAAUGUAACUGCAACUUGUAGCCACAUUAGCUACAAGUACUGUCAGUACUGUUUGCUCACCAUUACUGUUCCAUUCAGUCACCUGCUACUGUACAGUAUUUGCGUACUGCUGAAUACAACUGUACUGUCAUCCUGUACUAAAAAUCCAUCAAUUGUUUUUCAGCCUCAGUGUUUGACUGCGUGCUGUUUUGUGUUUACCUCUGCUGCAUGUUUUUUUAUAUAUAUAUUUAAUAAAAGUGCAAUAGAGCCUUUAAA